AUGGACACUUCUGAGAAGCUCGCCAGCCAGACUGUGUACUCAGCGCACAGUCUCACCGGCAGAGAUGUCGAAACGCACCAGAUCAGACUGCAAGAUGCCGACGAAGCUGCCAAAUUCGUCGCUGGCUUCGAUCGUGUUGUCACUGAAGAGGAGAGUCGUCGAGUAAAGAGAAAGAUCGACUUACAUUUGAUGCCGCUGCUCAUGGCUGUGUACUUCGUGCAGUUCCUGGACAAGACCACAUUGGGCGCGUCUUCGAUUCUUGGGCUGAUCGAGGACAACAGCCUGUCGAAGAACCAAUACAACUGGCUGGGCACAAUAUUUUACUUGGCAUACCUGGUCUUCGAAUGGCCGCAGAAUCUUGGUCUCCAGCGAUUUCCGCCCGCGAAGUGGAUGGCCGGCAAUAUUUUGAUCUGGGCUGUUGUGUUAUGCACUACGGCAGCAGCCUCGAACUUUGCCGGACUUUUCAUCUGUCGUCUGCUCAUGGGUGCUUGCGAAGGUACCAUUACUGCUGGGUUCAUGAUCUUGACCAGCAUGUUCUAUACACAUGCUGAGACUAUGCCACGAUAUUCAUACUGGUCUUUGAUGAAUGCCGUGGCUUCGAUCGUUUCUGGCUUGUUGUCAUUCGGCGUAUAUCAUGUUGACGAGAAGGUUAUUGCUCCGUGGAAGCUGUUCUUCAUUAUCACUGGCGGUAUUACUCUGUUCGUCGGCUUUUGCUUCUGGUACUUUGUUCCGGACAAUCCAAUGAAGGCAAGCUUCUUGACAAAGGAAGAGAAGCUCAUCGCUAUUGCUCGGCUCCGGAAUCAAAGUACUGGUGUCGAGAACAAGACCUGGAAACGAGAACAGUUCAUCGAAGCCUUGACUGACUGGAAGGUCUGGGCCUUCGCCAUAUAUGGUGCCGUGAGCAAUAUCUCAAACUCGAUGGGAAACAUGACUGGCUUGAUCAUUGAAUCGUUCGGCUUUACCACCGAGCAGACAACCUUGCUGAAUUGUGUCAAUGGUGUGAUGGAGGGCGUGGCCAUUCUUUCAGCCGUCUGGCUGUUCAAGAAGUAUCCGAACUCCCGAGCAUAUCUCGGCGCUUGGUAUGCCUUGCCCAACAUCGUUUCAGGUAUCCUCCUGGUUGCCUUGCCCUGGUCAGCUCAAGGUGCCCUGUUGUUCGCAAUGUACAUCAGCUUUUGGGGCGGUCCAGACUUCAUCUUCGCAAUGGCCUGGCUCAUGGCCACUACUGCUGGGCACACAAAAAAGACGACUGCCAAUGCCAUGCUCUUCAUCGGGUACUGUCUUGGCAAUCUUCUCAGCCCCCAAAUGUGGAGAGGGAAAUAUGCUCCGCGCUAUUACCUUCCAUGGGGUAUCAUCCUUGGUACGUAUGUGGCCCGGCCAAUCAUGCUGCUCGUCAUGCGGUACUACAUGGUGAAAGAGAAUCAGCGUCGUGAUGCUCUGGGCCAUGAUAAGGUCGAAAAGUUCUUUGAUGAGCAUGGCCAAGAGGUCGAUCCAACCUUCCUGGACAUUACCGACAAGGAAAACAUGGCAUUCCGGUACCAAUUAUGA